UUCUCACCUCAUUUUCCCUCUCACACCCCUUCUCUCUAAAAAGAGUAAUAAAACCCUCAAGAAAAGGGAAAAGUAGUGAAUGUGGCAUAUUACUAGUAAGUUUAGAAAAUGUGCGGAGGUGCAAUUAUUUCAGACCUCAUCCCCGGCAACCAUGGCCGCCGCAACCUCACCACCCAAGACCUAUGGUCUCAACUCGACGUCGACCUUCUCACCUCUUCCAAUUUGUCUCCCAAACCCUACUCUCCUUCACAAUUCGGGCUGCCAAUUGAUGGGCUGAAAACGAGCAAUAACCCAGUGGAGGAAGUACCUAAACCGACUCCGAAUCGGAGAACUCGUAAAAACAUAUACCGAGGUAUACGGCGACGCCCAUGGGGUAAAUGGGCCGCUGAGAUCCGUGACCCGCGUAAGGGUAUUCGGGUCUGGCUUGGCACCUUUAACACGGCCGAAGAAGCUGCCCGUGCUUACGACGCCGCUGCUAAGAAGAUACGCGGCGACAAGGCCAAGCUCAACUUCCCAGAAGAAACUUGUCCUGCUCCUCCUGCAUCGAAGCGGCAGUGCACGUCAAAUUCAUCAGAGUCAACACAGCUGAGUUACGACUCGGUAGAGUCGGCUCAGUUACCAGUAAUGAACAUGGAUAAUUGGGAAGAUAUUGAAAAUGUUAUUGGGAUGCAGAACGAAGUGGAGAGGCAGAUGUCAGAACUGGAAUCAAUACUGGGACUGAACCAUGACAGUAAUAAUAAGCUUGGUGAGUCAGACUCGGUGGAUUGUUGUUGGGCAAUGGAUGAGUUCAUUCCAAUGGUCAAUUAUGAUGAGCACAAUGAUAAUGAUAAAUUUGUUUUGUAAAAUCAAGAUAUAAUUGUUGAUGCUUAUGUUUGUUAUGUACUUUUUUUUUUUUAAACAUUUGGGAUGUGUAAUAGCUUAUGGUUAUGGUUAUGGUUAUGGUUAUGGUUAUGUUAUGUUGUGGUUGUGAUUUGUAAGCUUUUUAUCUUGGUACUUUGAAGUUUGAUGGGUGAGACUUUGAGUUGAUUGUACAUAUUGUAUCACCUUAUAUGAUAAAAGUAUAUAUUAUGCAUUUGCUA